UGAUGGGAAUGCAACAAACUAGGCCAACCGGCCGUUUUACAGCUAACCUUACCUACGGGACGGAUCUAAGGCCAACCAUUCGUGUUUUUGGAACAUGCAGCACUGACCUAGACCGACCAACCAACCCUAAUCCGAAAUGGUACUUAAGGAAUGUGACGUCUUUUUGGCAUUCAUAUGAAAAACAAAUCAGCCGUAAGAUAUUAGAUAUGAAACAGCACAGUACAAAACCUAACGUCGCCACGAUCGCUUACGGCAAGCACACAUUAACACGAUGACGAGCGAACUGAACGGACAGCACUUCGCACCUACUACCGCGCCACCUGGGUAAAGCAAGCGACCUUAGGUUGUGCAGCGUAGGUGGCAGCAUCCGCGGGAGCCCGCAGGUCAGACGGUUGUAGCGUGAGGACGAGGAGUAGUCGGGGCAAACAUCAACCGACAUACCUCCCAAGUCUGGCGAUCGAGAUUGGAAAUGAUACUGAACAGUGUAACAUGCAGACAGUACCUACCAUCUCAGCAGUACAAACAAUGUCGAAAAAUGAAGGUAAGGAAUGCUGAAUAAGGCCCUGGGUCGGGAAAUGAUCGUAGCCACGUAACAUAACAUAAUGUCACGCUAAUAAUAUACUCGUAUCUAUGGCAAAAGGGCAACAAAGCUCAUCUGUUAAGAGUUUAUCACUGCACCGAAUUGCUUCAGUUCAGUCCAAUGCCAUGGCGCACAGAGUAUAGAUCGUGUGCGUCAAUGCUAAGCAUUUUUGUACCGUGUGGAGGUCGAUUCGGUAGGAAGCAAAGUGCCGACCUUCGUACCGCGUGCAAGCCAGUUCGACCCGCAGUCUGUGCCGUGUGCACUGUGCAGGUCGAUUGGUACCUUCUCUAUACCGUGUGCCCUGUACAGUGCGCAGGUCAGCUUGGUGGGCGCGUGGACUCCGCUGUGUCCGGCACUCAGUACGCCCUCGGUGCCCCGCCACCGGAUCGAUGGUCCCCCGUCUCCCAGCAGCGCCCUGUGUGUCCAUCGGUGUCCUGGCGACCAACACGGCCACAGCCACGGCGUCCUGCGCGGCUAGGGUCAGUCGCUGCAGCCGGGGACGGGACAGUCGCCGCAGCCAGAGACGGGACAGUCGCCGCACCUGGAGACGGGACAGUCGCCGCAGCCAUGCCAGACGUCGGUCUGAUCGUGGGCGCCAGCCUGAUGGGCGUCGGCGGCCUCUCCGUCCUCUACGGCACCAUCAUGUGCUACAAGUCGCCGAAUCAGUACUACAACAAAGAGGAUAUGGAGGCUAUGGUCGCCGCCACUGUGCUGGCAGAGAAGACGUCUCAGGAGAAGAACGACAAGUAUUUCGACGACCCUAUCGAGAAAGACGUCGCCCAGAAGAAGCGGAAGGUGCUGUCGUCCUAAACGAACGGCUGUCAUGUCCCUUCUCGGAAUUCUUGCGAUCAGUCAUUUUAGUUGUGUCUGGCGUGGGACGAAGAUGGAGUCAAGGCAGAUGACGGGGACAAUGCCUGUGUUCACAAUACCCCCAGUUCGCUCGGCGCUGCCGGUCACCCGUGACACAGGCUCGCAGCUAUCGGCCACGAACACGACUAUCUUACGGAAAUAAUGACAAAUAACACGAGAAUGCAUUACUACAUAGAAUCCUCGUUCAAGUGACCGUCUUGGGCAUUAUUUUUGGUGGGUGUUCAUGUUUAUCCCUCAAGAGAUUUGAAGCUCAAGAUAAAAUAAAAAAUAUAAAAUACAA